AUGCCGACUUUCCUGGCGAAACACGACAUGCGCAUGUCCUACAAAGAAGGCCAACUUUCAGGGCGGCGGGUAAGUUAAAACGCCUUUCUUUUCUGGCUAGGUAGCAAGCUUUUUUAUUCUUUGUAAAACGUUUUUUUGGAAACUAUUGUCCAAUUCACUGUUACAACGAGUCUACCGAAAUCGAUUACGUAAAGUUAUUUUGCAAUCUAUUUUUAGCUAACGUUAGCGAGCUAGCUCGAUUCUUCUGUAUUGAGCAAUAGCUAGCGAGCAUAAUCAUUAGAAAAGGGAUCAUUCACCUGCUGACCUAGCAACUGACAGCUAAAUCCCAUGAUUUAUUGGUCACUGUCACGCCCUGACUUAUGGGACUCUAGUAUGUUGAGUCAGGGUGUGGAGUUCUAUGUUGUUAUUUCUAUGUUUACGUUCUAGGUGUUGUAUUUCUAUGUUUGGCCGGGUGUGAUUCCCAAUCAGAGACAGCUGUCGCUCGUUGUCUCUGAUUGGGGAUCAUACUUAGGCAGCCUGUUGGCAAUCAUUGGGUUGUGGGAUCUUGUUCCGUGUUAGAGGCUUGUAUUGUGUUUAGCCUUCGGACUUCACGUUACGUUGUUUUGUUCGUGUGUUUAUCGUUGUAAUAAACAUGUAUGCUUUUCACGCUGCGCCAUGGUCUGACCCGUCCUUAAACGAACGUGACAGUCACCCAGUUAGACCUGGAGUUUUAGAAGAAGCACGACUGAAGGUAUAAAAUAAUUUGUUUAGCUUUUACAUUGGGUACAUUCUGUGAAUCUGUAGUGCCCUUUGAUUAAUGUAAAGCCCAAUCUAAACCCUUUACAAUUGUCAGUUCCCACUCUCCAGGCUGCCAUGCACUCACAGUUAGACGGGGUCCGUUCAGGCCUCAAUCAGCUCCAUAAUGCCCUGGGGGACGUGAAGGACCUCCAGAACUCUCCGGUAGACGUCAGCAAUGACUGGAAGCAAAGCAUCAACACCAUUGAGAACCCGAAGGAUGUAAGAUGUGCUCGGAUACAACACCGUCAGCUUGCCUCAGCCGUGGAAAACCUUGAAGAUUAUAUUUUCAGGUACGCUCAGUUGCAACAUAAGGUGCCACUUGUUUGGGAACUAUUAGUGUUGGCUUGCAUUGUAUUCGACGUGACGCUGUACGGUUACAAUGUAUUUUGUGUAUUGAUAUUUCCCUUCCUGUGCAGUGCCUGAGAUGGUGGCACACUCCGUUAAUGAUGGCGCAAGCUGAUCAGCUGGAGCGCCUCCACAAGCUGAUGAACCUAGAGUGCUCAUACACGAGCAGCACACACGUGGGCAGCAAGAACGAGCACGGCAAGAUCCUCAUUCGGAAGCACUUUGGUGCAGGGUCUGUGUCGGACAACCUGGGCCAAGCAGCUGUGGAUAACGCUGCAGCGCACCAUGGGUAAAGUUGAGAGGUCACAGUGAGCACGCGCAUCGAAGAACACUGGGGUGGCAGGUAGCUUAGUGGUUAAGAGCGUUGUGCCAGUAACCGAAAGGUCGCUGGUUCUAAUCCCCGAGCCGACUAGGUGAAAAAUCUGUCGACGUGCCCUUGAGCAUCUGAUAAAUGACAAAAAAAAAACAAAAAAACACUCACAACAGAUGUGGCCUGGUGACACUGGUGCAGUGCUCCGCUCCCCCCCCCCCCCCCCCCCCCCCCCCCACACACACACACACACACAUUACAAAACCUUGACAGGUUCUUCACGCUCUACCACAACACUGUGUCCGUGAGGAUGCUCCCUCCUCACGUUGGGUCCUCAAUUAAUACUAAGUACUGCCCACUCUGUGACUCAUGUAGCACCCGUCCAAUCAUAGCUACCUUUCUAUCAUCGUAGGACGUAAACUAAAUAUAUGGUCGCUGCUGCUGUCGUAAGUGGCAGCUUAGAAAUAUAUACUUACCGGUCUUAAGGUUUUAGAACACCUAGUCAUUCAAGGGUUUUUCUUUAUUUUUUACUAUUUUCUACAUUGUAGAAUAAUAGUAAAGACAUCACAACUAUUAAUUAACACAUAUGGAAUCAUGUAGUAAACAAAAAAAGUGUUAAACAAAUCAAAAUAUAUUCUUCAAAGUAGCCACCCUUUGCCUUGAUGACACCAUUGACACUUUGAUGACACCUUUGCACACUCUUGGCAUUCUCUCAACCAGCUUCACCUGGAAUGCUUUUCCAACAGUCUUGAAGGAGUUCCCACAUAUCCUGAGCACUUGUUGUCUGCUUUUCCUUCACUCUGCGGUCCGACUCAUCCCAAACCAUCUCAAUUUGGUUGAGGUCGGGGGGGAUUGUGGAGGCCAGGUCAUCUGAUGCAGCGCUCCAUCACUCUCCUUCUUGGUAAAAUAGCCCUUACACAGCCUGGAGGUGUGUUGGGUCAUCGUCCUGUUGAAAACCAAAUGAUGAUGAUGAUAGUCCCCACUAACCAGAUGGGAUGGCGUAUCAGGAGGGGAGUUCCAUAGGCGUGGUGAGUGGGAGGGAAAGGUCCUGGUCCUGGGGUCAUGGAGGAGUUCAUAUGGGGGAGAGUAGAUCUGACAGGUAGGUGGGUCCGAUGCCAUUUAGGGAUUUGUAGACCAGGAGGAGAAUCUAAUAGUCAAUUCUUUGAGGAACAGGUAGCCAAUGGAGAUCAGCAAGGAUGUGGGGAGGGGUGGCUUUUUUUGGUUUGAGUCAGAAUCCUUGCAGCACUGUUUUGGAUGAGCUGUAGUUUAGUUUAGUAAUUUAAUUUGCAGGCAGGCCCCCCCCCCCCCCCCCCCAAGUACUGCGUUCCCAUAAUCAAUUUAGGAGGAAAUGAAUGAAUGGAUUCGCGGAUAUACCACGGAUAUGACAAAACAUGUAUUUUUAGUGCUCUAAUUACAUUGGUAACCAGUUUAUAAUAGCAAGAAGGACUAACCUGGAAUGCUGUCUACCAGCACCAUCAACUCUUCCUCUCCCUCGGUUUCCUCCUUCAGGACCUUCUGCCGACAGAGUUGUAUUGCCGAUAAAACACAUGGUGAAAAUACAUUCAAUAGAUUGUUUAAAAUACGUUGCCGUUUUAUUGUGUGCAAAAUGAUGGGAUAUCAACACAAUCCUGAACAGUGGGUCAUCUGAAUACUAGAAAAAGAAGAGGAGAGUUUUCACACUCUAGGAGCUCAGAUGCAAUAAUCUGUUAACCUAAUAACCAACGUCUUCAUCAGGGUAUAAUCAUCUGAAUACUUAACUGAUUUCCAGUUAUAAGUUCCUGCUUUGCCCUGUCUCUGACUGCUUAAUAUAUGAGGGCAUCAGUGGCAACACCAUGAGAUGGUGCCAUCUCUUUUGGGAUCUUCCCAAACCUUCGUAGGUAAGACCACAGCCUCUCCAUUUGUUCUCCGUCAACAAGCUCGCUACCAGUCACAUAGCUGGUACCAUCAGUGACCUGAAAUGUAAAGUACAAUCAGAAACCAUAAUGAGCAUUACAAUGGGUGAUGACGAUUAAAUCAAAUCAAAUCAAAUGUUAUUUGUCACAUACACGUGUUUAGCGGAUGUUAUAGCGGGUGUAGCGAAACGCUCGUGCUUCUAGCUCCUACAGUGCAGUAAUAUCUAACAAGUAAUAUCUAACAAUUUCACAACAUAUACCCAAUACACACAAAACUAGUAAGGAAUGGGAUUUAAGAAUAUAUACAUAUAUGGACAAGCUGUUUUUCAUUCUCUCGGGGGCCCCAGUGUUGAGGAUCAGUGAAGUGGAGAUGUUGUUUUUCUACCUGAUUAGUUAAGGAACGAGGACAGAUUACAACUAGCUGUUUUUGAAUACUCUUAAGGUAAACUGUCUGCAACUCUACAAAGAAGCAGUGUUUAACAGAAGAAAUUAUCAAUAUUUUUUAAAAAUUAAUUACCUGACAGUCAGCAUCAUGAGCAAAGGCAUGAAAGGCCGGUGCUGUCAUCAGAUCGGGACUGUUUUUCUAAAUGUCAAAACAUUUCAGUGUAAAGAGCAGUUCGUUUGGGCAUUUCUGUGUAAAACAUUACUUCAAAGUGGGUAUGGAGAAAUCUGUAUCAAGCCGUUCAUAAAAACAUAUCAAGCAAUUCAUUAAUGUCUAACUACCGGGUGGUUAAAUAUUCAAUAUAUUAUCUAACGUAUCAUUAAAGCUAACAUAGAUUGACGUAUCAAUUUUACCUGUAAAUGAGGCUUGAGCUGGCAAGCAUUGGCAUAAUGAAGAAAUGCUGUGAUGUUUAGUCCCUGCAUUGCUUUCAGGUCAAUGCUGGUCCCGGACAAUCUUUUCGGCCGCAAUCAUUUGAUGACCGUUUUCCUUUAAAACAAUAAUGCAAAUAAUGAAAUAACACUUACUUCAACCUUUUUGCUCUGGGGGGGGGGCAUAGGUCAUUCACACUGUAGUUUUUCCCGUGAAUGUAUCUGUAAUCGGUAGUAUCCACUAAGCAGAUGAUUGGUCCACCUAGCUUCACCAAAGCCCCGUUAGCCGUUGUGUUUCCAGGUGGAUCCAGGCAGGACUUCAUGCUAACCGUAGCAGCCCAGGUGGAAAGACUUGGUCGAGGGUUUUUUGAGAGGCUUGCAGUGGUACGUAACGUUACGGUGGCAGGCCAGAGUUUGUGGCGGAUCAGGGUGACAGCUCGCAGAACUGCAGCCAGACGUCAUGAGCACUUCCUGAAAUGAGAACAUUCAAUGUCUUAGAUUGCAUUGAUGAACAUUACAUCCGAUGUUGGUGAGACACAUUAAACGUUUUUUGCAUGUUUUCAUCAUAACAGUGAGUGAACAGGUUUACGUUAAACUAGAUCAAAUGAAAUCAAAAUCAAAUUUGCAGGUAUACAGCAUAGUGUACACAAUACAAUGACACAACUAGAGUCAGGAGGUGGAGUCAGGGUUAAUGUAUUCAACAGUCUUAUGGCUUGGAGGUGGAGUCAGGGUUAAUCUAUUCAACAGUCUUAUGGCUUGGAGGUGGAGUCAGGGUUAAUGUGUUCAACAGUUUAUGCUGGGCAGAUCAGGGUUAAUCUACUCAACUCGUAAGAGGUGGAGUCAGGCUGCUACACUUGAUCUCUAUAAAGGAGACUUCACAUGGUGUAACUGUCUCUAAUGGUCUCUGGUGGGUACGCUUGACGCUCUAUCAAGGAGACUGUCUUGAACAUGGUGCUGCUACUGAUGCUCUAACAGGAGAGUCUCUAACAUGGUGGCAAUUGAGCUAGAGACUGUCUCUGAACAUGGUGCUGCUACACUUGAUGCUAAUAAGGAGACUGUCUCUGAACAUGGUGCUGCUACACUUGACGCUCUAAUAAAGGAGACUGUCUCUGAACAUGGUGCUGCUACGCUUGACGCUCUAAUAAAGGAGACUGUCUCUGAACAUGGUGCUGCUACACUUGAUGCUCUAAUAAAGGAGACUGUCUCUGAACAUGGUGCUGCUACACUUGAUGCUCUAAUAAAGGAGACUGUCUCUGAACAUGGUGCUGCUACGCUUGAUGCUCUAAUAAAGGAGACUGUCUCUGAACAUGGUGCUGCUACACUUGAUGCUCUAAUAAAGGAGACUGUCUCUGAACAUGGUGCUGCUACACUUGAUGCUCUAAUAAAGGAGACUGUCUCUGAACAUGGUGCUGCUACACUUGAUGCUCUAAUAAAGGAGGCUGUCUCUGAACAUGGUGCUGCUACACUUGAUGCUCUAAUAAAGGAGACUGUCUCUGAACAUGGUGCUGCUACACUUGAUGCUCUAAUAAAGGAGACUGUCUCUGAACAUGGUGCUGCUACGCUUGAUGCUCUAAUAAAGGAGACUGUCUCUGAACAUGGUGCUGCUACACUUGAUGCUCUAAUAAAGGAGACUGUCUCUGAACAUGGUGCUGCUACACUUGAUGCUCUAAUAAAGGAGACUGUCACUGAACAUGGUGCUGCUACACUUGAUGCUCUAAUAAAGGAGGCUGUCUCUGAACAUGGUGCUGCUACACUUGAUGCUCUAAUAAAGGAGAAUGUCUCUGAACAUGGUGCUGCUACGCUUGAUGCUCUAAUAAAGGAGACUGUCUCUGAACAUGGUGCUGCUACACUUGAUGCUCUAAUAAAGGAGACUGUCUCUGAACAUGGUGCUGCUACACUUGAUGCUCUAAUAAAGGAGACUGUCUCUGAACAUGGUGCUGCUACACUUGAUGCUCUAAUAAAGGAGACUGUCUCUGAACAUGGUGCUGCUACACUUGAUGCUCUAAUAAAGGAGACUGUCUCUGAACAUGGUGCUGCUACACUUGACGCUCUAAUAAAGGAGACUGUCUCUGAACAUGGUGCUGCUACACUUGAUGCUCUAAUAAAGGAGACUGUCUCUGAACAUGGUGCUGCUACGCUUGAUGCUCUAAUAAAGGAGACUGUCUCUGAACAUGGUGCUGCUACACUUGAUGCUCUAAUAAAGGAGACUGUCUCUGAACAUGGUGCUGCUACACUUGAUGCUCUAAUAAAGGAGGCUGUCUCUGAACAUGGUGCUGCUACACUUGAUGCUCUAAUAAAGGAGGCUGUCUCUGAACAUGGUGCUGCUACACUUGAUGCUCUAAUAAAGGAGACUGUCUCUGAACAUGGUGCUGCUACACUUGAUGCUCUAAUAAAGGAGACUGUCUCUGAACAUGGUGCUGCUACGCUUGAUGCUCUAAUAAAGGAGACUGUCUCUGAACAUGGUGCUGCUACACUUGAUGCUCUAAUAAAGGAGACUGUCUCUGAACAUGGUGCUGCUACACUUGAUGCUCUAAUAAAGGAGACUGUCUCUGAACAUGGUGCUGCUAGAGCUCUAAUAAAGAGAUGCUGAAGUGCUGCUACACUGAUGCCUAAUAAGGAGACUGUCUCUGAAACAUGGUGCUGCUACACUUGAUGCUCUAAUAAAGGAGCAGGCAUCAUAUGCUGCGUUCACAUCAUGUCCGGAACUCGUAAAUACGACCUUCUUACUGGGAAAAAUGCAUGUGUAUACCCAAACUCGUAAUUACGACCAGGAAACUCGGGUAUGAUCUCUAGACCCCGAUCUUUCCCAUAUGCUGAACUCUGACGUUACGCACCACUACAAAUGGCAACAAACAUGGCCGCGAUUUCGGCUGUCGUUGGUGAGAAUGGUUCUUGCAUUCCUUCUGAACUCCGGGCAGUACAGUGCCUUGCAAAAGUAUUCAUCCCGCUUGCCAUUUUUCCUAUUUUGUUGCAUUACAACCUGUAAUUUAAAUUGAUUUUUAUUUGGAUUUCAUGUAAUGGACAUACACAAAAUAGUCCAAAUUGGUGAAGUGAAAUGAAGAAAAUAACUAAAAAAUUCUAAAAAAUAAAUAACGGAAAAGUGGUGCAUGCAUAUGUAUUCACCCCCUUUGCUAUGAAGCCCCUAAAUAAGAUCUGGUGCAACCAAUUACCUUCAGAAGUCACAUAAUUAGUUAAAUAAAGUCCACCUGUGUGCAAUCUAAGUGUCACAUGAUCUGUCACAUGAUCUCAGUAUACACUACUGUUCAAACUUUUUUUUUGUCCAUUAAAAUAACAUAAAAUUGAUCAGAAAUACAGUGUAGACAUUGUUAAUGUUCUAAAUGUCUAUUGUAGCUGGAAACGGCUGAUUUUUAAUGGAAUAUCUUCAUAGGCGUACAGAGGCCCAUUAUCAGCAACCAUCAGUCCUGUGUUCCAAUGGCACGUUGUGUUUGCUAAUCCAAGUUUAUCAUUUUAAAAGGCUAAUUGAUCAUUAGAAAACCCUUUUGCAAUUAUGUUAGCACAGCUGAAAACUGUUGUGCUGAUUAAAGAAGCAAUAAAACUGGCCUUCUUGAGACUAGUUGAGUAUCUGGAGCAUCAGCAAUUGUGGGUUUGAUUACAGGCUCAAAAUGGCCAGAAACAAAUAACUUUCUUCUAAAACUCAUCAGUCUAUUCUUGUUCUGAGAAAUGAAGGCUAUUCCAUGCGAAACAUUGCCAAGAAACUGAAGAUCUCGUACAACGCUGUGUACUACUCCCUUCACAGAACAGCGCAAACUGGCUCUAACCAGAAUAGAAAGAGGAGUGGGAGGCCCCAGUGCACAACUGAGCAAGAGGACAAAUACAUUAGAGUGUCUAGUUUGAGAAACAGAUGCCUCACAGGUCCUCAACUGGCAGCUUCAUUAAAUAGUACCCGCAAAACACCAGUCUCAACGUCAACAGUGAAGAGGCGACUCGGGGAUGCUGACCUUCUAGGCAGAGUUGCAAAGAAAAAGCCAUAUCUCAGACUGGCCAAUAAAAAGAAAAGAUUAAGAUGGGCAGUCUGAGAUAUUACUUUUUCUUUGCAACUCUGCCUAGAAGGUCAGGAUCCCGGAGUCGCCUCUUCACUGUUGACGUUGAGACUGAUGUCUACACUGUACAAUGUCUACACUGUAUUUCGGAUCAAUUUGAUGUUAUUUUAAUGGACCAAUAAAUUGCUUUUCUUUCGAAAACAAGGACAUUUCUAAGUGACCCCACACUUUUGAACGGUAGUGUAUAUACACCUGUUCUGAAAGGCCACAGAGUCUAGCAGGCAGAAUAAAUAUCAGCCUGUGCAGAGAAACACGAGAUUGAACUUCACUCAACUUUCCAGUUUUCCCCUUUAGUUAACACUAUCAACGUUUCCGUCUACUGUGCGAAUUGUGAUCGAAUCAACGCAAUUUUAGCCACUUUCAAUGCAACACACCGAAACAAAACAAACUAUGCAGGAGAUUUGUUUGUAGGCAGAGCGCAUUGGAGUAGGAUUCUAUUGCAUUGACAGGUACGACUCAGGCCCAUACUCUACUCAGACCGCUAACCAAUAGGAGCUGCAGUAGGCCUAUAUGCAAAUAGACCAUUGCCAUAUAUGGAUCUGUGCCAUUCACUUUGAACUGGACUGUGUUUACAGCAAGAGUGGUCAAAGGGUAGAUGCGCUUGUUUUGAGACCAAAGCAGGGGCGCAACGUUGGUUUUAGAAGUGGGGGGGAAAUAACCUUGUGGGGGGUCUGGGGGGAUUUUAUUGGGGCAUCUAAGGCUAAUUUCCUGCAUUUCUACACAAUCCGGUAUGACCCAUGACCCUUCUAGGCGUCUCUAUUUAGAACAACAAAAAGUAAGCAAAAAUGCCCCCAGUCAUCAUGCUAGGUAAGAGAUCAUUGUUAAAUAUGUUUAAGUGAUUGAUAAGACUGAACUAGAUCAAAGGUCAUUCAAUCAUCAAUAUUGUGUUGCACCUUUAACCAAUAGCCUAACAAAUCUAACAACUCUUUAAAAAAUCAAGUACAAAGACUUUUGAUUGACUUUAUUAAGACAUCCUUAACAAAGAGUUGGCAGUCUGUUAUGUAAUGUUUGGCCAAUAAUAAACUGGUCCUGAACAUCUAUAAAACUAAGAGCAUUGUAUUUGGUACAAAUCAUUCCCUAAGUUCUAGACCUCAGCUGAAUCUGGUAAUGAAUGGUGUGGCUGUUGAACAAGUUGAGGAGACUAAAUUACUUGGCGUUACCUUAGAUUGUAAACUGUCAUGGUCAAAACAUAUAGAUUCAGUGGUUGUAAAGAUGGGGAGAGGUCUGUCCGUAAUAAAGAGAUGCUCUGCUUUUUUGACACCACACUCCAAAAAGCAAGUUCUGCAGGCUCUAGUUUUGUCUAAUCUUGAUUAUUGUCAAGUCGUGUGGUCCAGUGCUGCAAGGAAAGACCUAGUUAAGCUGCAGCUGGCCCAGAACAGAGCGGCACGUCUUGCUCUUCAUUGUAAUCAGAGGGCAGAUAUUAAUACUAUGCAUGCCAGUCACUCUUGGCUAAGAGCUGAGGAGAGACUGACUGCAUCACUUCUUCUUUUUAUAAGAAACAUUAAUGUGUUGAAAAUUCCAAAUUGUUUGCAUAGUCAACUUACACACAGCUCUGACUCACACACUUACCCCACCAGACAUGCCACCAGGGGUCUUUUCACAGUCCCCAAAUCCAGAACAAAUUCAUGAAAGCGUACAGUAUUAUAUAGAGCCAUUAUUGCAUGAAACUCUCUUCCAUCUCAUAUUGCUCAAAUAAACAGCAAACCUGGUUUCAAAAAACAAACAGAUAAAGCAACACCUCACGGCACAAUGCCUCUCCCCUAUUUGACCCAGAUAGUUUGUGUGUAUGUAUUGAUAUGUAGGCUACGUGUGCCAUUUUUAAAUGUAUGUAGUUCUGUCCUUGAGCUGUUCUUGUCUAUAAAUGUUCUGUAUUAUGUCAUGUUUUGUGUGUACCACAAAUACAUCCUCUAUAUCAAAUUUCAGCCAGACCCCCACCAGUCUAGUCAAUACCUCAACUCUCUCCCCGACCCCCACCAGUCCAGUCAAUACCUCAACUCUCUCCCCGACCCCCACCAGUCUAGUCAAUACCUCAACUCUCUCCCCGACCCCCACCAGUCCAGUCAAUACCUCAACUCUCUCCCCGACCCCCACCAGUCUAGUCAAUACCUCAACUCUCUCCCCGACCCCCACCAGUCUAGUCAAUACCUCAACUCUCUCCCCGACCCCCACCAGUCUAGUCAAUAACUCCACUCUCUCCCCGACCCCCACCAGUCUAGUCAAUACCUCAACUCUCUCCUCGACCCCCACCAGUCUAGUCAAUACCUCAACUCUCUCCUCGACCCCCACCAGUCCAGUCAAUACCUCAACUCUCUCCUCGACCCCCACCAGUCCAGUCAAUACCUCAACUCUCUCCCAAAACAAUUUUUCCCCCACCUUUUUUCAAUGUAAAUAGUCCAGGUGGCCAUUUGAUUAAUUGUUCAGCAGUCUUAUGGCUUGGGGGUAGAAGCUGUUAAGGAGUCUUUUGGACCUAGACUUGGCGCUCCGCUUGCCGUGCGGUAGCAGAGAGAACAGUCUAUGACUAGGGUGGCUGAAUUUUUGGGGCCUUCCUCUGACUAGUAUAUAGAGGUCCUGGAUGGCAGGAAGCUUGGCCCCAGUGAUGUACUGGGCCGUACGCACUACCCUCUGUAGUGCCUUGCGGUCGGAGGCCGAGCAGUUGCCAUACCAGGCGGUGAUGCAACCAGUCAGGAUGCUCUUGAUGGUGUAGCUGUAUAACUUUUUGAGGAUCUGAGGACCCAUGCCAAAUCUUUUCAGUCUCCUUUGUCGUGCCCUCUUCACGACUGUCUUGGACAUUAACACACAUAAAUCUUGUUCAUACAACACCUCUCAAUUUUCUCGCGUCAGCUGGUCCAUUCCUGUGGCUCCAGCAUGGCUCUAUAUCAGAUCCCUUCCUGUGGCACUAUCUUGGCUUUGUAUCAGUUUUGUUUACUGCUGCUUUGUCCCCAAAAAAACAAUCUGUUUAACAAUUAUUGUAAGAGGUAGUUAUGUAUUCUUGCUAAACAGUGAAAUAUUUCUAAAUAAGCCCACACCAAGCCGCACAGUGAAGCUCAACCUUUAAAAGUGAAUCAUUUCUUGAUGGUAACAUCGGUGUUCCUAUGAGAAGAAGAGCUUGGUGAGAUCUUGUGAUAAAGACAUCACAAAUCUCUAAUCUGUAAUCCAACUACUUUUCUACACCAGGGGGCAUCAGUGAGCUGUAGCAGAUCACUGAUAAAGCCUUUAUUUCAUAGACCUGCCACUGGCAUACAGGUUAAGAAAUCCACCUCUAACAGGUACCACCAUAACAUGUGUAGACAUUUCACUAAUGAUUUGUUUGAAUGGCUCAUGUUUCUCAUGGUGAAUCUCCAUAUCUGUAUUGUAUUGCAUGUAGAUUGUGUCCAUAUUCUUCCUAUGUCGGCACCAUUUCACCAGGUCAAAUUCUUGGUCCAUGUAAGUGUGCUUGGCGAAUAAAGGCGAUUCUGAUUCCAGCUGCAGGGCAUGGAGCAAGAGUUGUUUCGGUCCUCCCUCGUCCUAACCGUGUCCACCAAGCUGCGUCUGUACCGCAGAGACCUGGCGAAGCGCUCUGACCUGUCCUCCAUUCCACCCCGGGCCAGCAGGGGGCGCCUACAGGAUCAUCUCCUCUCAGAACGAACACAGUGUGAGUCUAGACUCACUUACAUUUGGUGUAGGGGGAGGUUGCGCCUAGACGCUGAUCUGGGGUCAGUUUUGCACUUCCUCCACUAAUGGUGAAGGUUAGGAUUGGGGAAGGGGAACCUGAUCCUAGAUCUGUACCAAGGAGGAACUUCACGCUGGAGCUACUUAGACUCAAUGAGCCGUGUUCUUCAGGACAGGUGUUUAUCUUGGACUCAAUGAGCCGUGUUCUUCAGGACAGGUGUUUAUCUUGGACUCAAUGAGCCGUGUUCUUCAGGACAGGUGUUUAUCUUGGACUCAAUGAGCCGUGUUCUUCAGGACAGGUGUUUAUCUUGGACUCAAUGAGCCGUGUUCUUCAGGACAGGUGUUUAUCUUGGACUCAAUGAGCCGUGUUCUUCAGGACAGGUGUUUAUCUUGGACUAAAUGAGCCGUGUUUCAAUCCAGGAUGUGUGGACCAAACCAAACCGAGAGACAUUGGACGUUAUAUACUGACCUAUUAUUGCCAUUGUCUUUCUGAUCCAGGAGUGAACUGCAAAGGUUUUGCCCUGCGGACCUUAUUCACGGAGGAGUGUCAGGAGUCAUGCUACAGCAGUCAGUGAAGAUGGAUGGUUGUCUGUGUGUCUCAGAACGGAGCAUUAAGACUUACUGGUUCCAAAUGAAUCCCUUUACCCUUAACCUGUACUCCUUAUGUUUCUACUAACCUCGAGGCCUGAGCAGUUGAACAAUAAGGGUUUAUCAAUACUAAUUUUGGGAAGCAAAACCACUCAUAAAAAUAUGCAUUCUCAAUAAAUUAAAUCACUAUACUUUGACAUGUUCUAACAAUAACAUAAAAGUUAAAGUAAUUAAUGAUAUAAAAGUGAUUUCUAAAUGUAUUUGUUGUGUUGUAUUUUAUCUUUGGUAAUGCCUCUGUGACCAAAGUUAAAAGGAGAAGGGUGUUGGGACAGAAAUACUGAUCAAAACAAACGUUGUUUUGAGACUCUGCUUUCAAAGUCCAAAAUCCAACUAGCAUGUGUGUCACACCCUGGCUCUGGGACUCAUUAUGUUGAGCCAGGGUGUGUUCAUUUCUAUGUGUGUAUUUCUAUGUUGGUGUUCAUUCUAGUUUGUUGUAUUCUAUGUUUGCCUGAGUGACUCCCAAUCAGAGGCAACGAGUGUCAGCUGUUGGCUGGUUGUCUCUGAUUGGGAGCCAUAUUUUGUGGUUGUGGGUUUUUGUUCCGUGUUCGGUCAUUGAUACCGUGGACGUCACGAGUCGUGUUUUGUUUUGUAUUUUGACGCUUUAACUAAUUAAAGUCAUGUUUGUUCAUCACGCUGCGCCUUGGUCUACUCCUUACCUCGACCUUGACAGAAAAACCCACCAUGCAACGACCAAGCAGCGUGUCCAGGGGCAGCCCUUGGGGUGGACAUGGGAGGAAGCGCCGGGAAAGGCCCUGGCGAAAGAGGAGCAGCGUGUCCAGGAGCAGGCAGCCUGGACAUGGGAGGAGAUAUUGGACGGUAAAGGGUCCUGGACUUGGGGGGAAAUCCUGGCCGGGAUGGAUCGCCGGCCAUGGAGUGAGACAGUGGAGAGGCGACGGAGAGAGGAGCAACGGCGUGAUCAGGGUCGUCGUCGGACGGUCGUGAGGCAACCCCAGAAAAUUUUUAGGGGGGGGCACACGGCAUGGACGACGGGGCUGACGGAGGGGAAAAGGGGGCGGAUCCAGAAGGCCACCAGGCCAGGGGUUCACCGCCCUGUACGUCCUGUGCGGAUGCCUCACACAGAGUGUGUGAGGGUAGGCAUUCAGCCAGGACGGGUGGGUGUGGCGCUCUCUUCACUUCCAGGCCUCCUAAUCCGGCUCCAACAGGCCCGGUUCGCAUGUCCCUGCUCCGACUCACCAAGCCUACGGUGUGCUCGCCAGCCCAAUCCCGGCCUGUUCUCUGCUCCACGCACCAAGCCUACGGUUUGCUCGACACCCAGCCCGGCCUGUCCCUGCUCCACGCACCAAGCCUACGGUGUGCGUCGACACCCAGCCCGGCCUGUCCCUGCUCCACGCACCAAGCCUACGGUGUGCGUCGACAGCCCAUCCACUUUCCUGUCCCUGCUCCACCACCAAGCCUACGGUGUGCGUCGACAGCCCAGCCCGGCCUGUCCUGCUCCAGAAAACCACGGCAGCGGUCCCAAGUACGGUGUGGUCACGCAAUAUGCGCCCAGCCGGCCUGUUCCUCCACGCACAAACCUACGGUGCGCGUCGCAGCCUGCCCGGCCUGUCCCUGCUCCACGCACUAAACCUACGGUGCGCGUCGCCAGCCCGGUCCGGCCUGUUCCUGCCACCCGCACCAAGUCUACGGUGCGCGUCGCCAGCCCGACCCGGCCUGUUCCUGCCACUCGCACCAAACCUACGGUGCGCGUCGCCAGCCCGGUCCGGCCUGUUCCUGCCACUCGCACUAAGCCAGGGGUGCGAGAAGUCAGCCUGGUAAGGCCCGUCCCUCUUCCACGCACCAAGCCAGGGGUGCGAGUCGUCAGCCUGGUAAGGCCCGUUCCUCCUCCACGCACCAAGCCAGGGGUGCGAGUCGACAGCCUGGUAAGGAUCGCUCCUGUUAAGUCCAGUCCUGCUCCAGCCGGCGGGGCCAGACUGGACCAGGGGCACUAUGGGGGGUGUAUUGGAGGGUGGUGGUCAAGGCCGGAGCCAGAACCGCCGCCGAGGAGGUAUGCCCGCCCAGCCCUCCCCUGGUUUGUUUUGUUGAGGCGCGGUCGCAGUCCGCGCCUUUAGGGGGGGGGUACUGUCACACCCUGGCUCUGGGACUCAUUAUGUUGAGCCAGGGUGUGUUCAUUUCCAUGUGUGUAUUUCUAUGUUGGUGUUCAUUCUAGUUUGUUGUAUUCUAUGUUUGCCUGAGUGACUCCCAAUCAGAGGCAACGAGUGUCAGCUGUUGGCUGGUUGUCUCUGAUUGGGAGCCAUAUUUUGUGGUUGUGGGUUUUUGUUCCGUGUUCGGUCAUUGAUACCGUGGACGUCACGAGUCGUGUUUUGUUUUGUAUUUUGACGCUUUAACUAAUUAAAGUCAUGUUUGUUCAUCACGCUGCGCCUUGGUCUACUCCUUACCUCGACCUUGACAAUGUGUCAAAAUGAAGGAGCGUUUUAAACAUGAACGUGUGAUUGAAGUCAUGUUUCAUUAUUGAAAAUAUCUAAAUGUAGUUUAAAAGCUAACACUGUCUGAUAGACAGUCCACUAAAGUUUAUCACAGGGCUAUCAGGGGCUAGGUACAGGUGUAGGGAUUACACAUUGGACAGAGGACAGAGGACACAGGUGUAGGGAUUACACAUUGGACAGAGGACAGAGGACAGAGGUGUAGGGAUUACACACUGGACAGAGGACAGAGGACAGAGGCACAGGUGUAGGGAUUACACAUUGGACAGAGGACACAGGUGUAGGGAUUACACACUGGACAGAGGACAGAGGACAGAGGCACAGGUGUAGGGAUUACACAUUGGACAGAGGACACAGGUGUAGGGAUUACACAUUGGACAGAGGACAGAGGACAGAGGCACAGGUGUAGGGAUUACACAUUGGACAGAGGACAGAGGACAGAGGACACAGGUGUAGGGAUUACACAUUGGACAGAGGACAGAGGACAGAGGACACAGGUGUAGGGAUUACACAUUGGACAGAGGACAGAGGACACAGGUGUAGGGAUUACACAUUGGACAGAGGACAGAGGACAGGUGUAGGGAUUACACAUUGGACAGAGGACAGAGGACACAGGUGUAGGGAUUACACAUUGGACAGAGGACAGAGGACACAGAUGUAGGGAUUACACAUUGGACAGAGGACAGAGGACAGAGGACACAGGUGUAGGGAUUACACAUUGGACAGAGGACAGAGGACAGAGGACACAGAUGUAGGGAUUACACAUUGGACAAAGGACAGAGGACACAGGUGUAGGGAUUACACAUUGGACAGAGGACAGAGGACACAGAUGUAGGGAUUACACAUUGGACAGAGGACAGAGGACAGAGGACACAGGUGUAGGGAUUACACAUUGGACAGAGGACAGAGGACACAGGUGUAGGGAUUACACAUUGGACAGAGGACAGAGGACAGAGGACACAGGUGUAGGGAUUACACAUUGGACAGAGGACAGAGGACAGAGGACACAGAUGUAGGGAUUACACAUUGGACAGAGGACAGAGGACACAGGUGUAGGGAUUACACAUUGGACAGAGGACAGAGGACACAGGUGUAGGGAUUACACAUUGGACAGAGGACAAAGGACACGGGUGUAGGGAUUACACAUUGGACAGAGGACAGAGGACACAGGUGUAGGGAUUACACAUUGGACAGAGGACAGAGGACACAGGUGUAGGAUUACACAUUGACAGAGACGAGGCACAGUGUAGGGAUACACAUUGGACAGAGGACAGAAGGACACAGGUGUAGGGAUUACACAUUGGACAGAGGACAGAGGACACAGGUGUAGGGAUUACACAUUGGACAGAGGACAGAGGACACAGGUGUAGGGAUUACACAUUGGACAGAGGACAGAGGACAGAGGACACAGGUGUAGGGAUUACACAUUGGACAGAGGACAGAGGACAGAGGACACAGGUGUAGGGAUUACACAUUGGACAGAGGACAGAGGACACAGGUGUAGGGAUUACACAUUGGACAGAGGACAGAGGACACAGGUGUAGGGAUUACACAUUGGACAGAGGACAGAGGACACAGGUGUAGGGAUUACACAUUGGACAGAGGACAAGGACACAGGUGUAGGGAUUACACAUUGGACAAGACGAGGACAGAGGACACAGGUGUAGGGAUUACACAUUGGACAGAGGACAGAGGACACAGGUGUAGGGAUUACACAUUGGACAGAGGACAAGGACACAGGUGUAGGGAUUACACAUUGGACAGGACAAGGACAGAGGACACAGGUGUAGGGAUUACACAUUGGACAGAGGACAGAGGACAGAGGACACAGAUGUAGGGAUUACACAUUGGACAGAGGACAGAGGACACAGGUGUAGGGAUUACACAUUGGACAGAGGACAGAGGACACGGUGUAGGGAUUACACAUUGGACAGAGGACAGAGGACACAGGUGUAGGGAUUACACAUUGGACAGAGGACAGAGGACAGAGGACACAGGUGUAGGGAUUACACAUUGGACAGAGGACAAAGGACACGGGUGUAGGGAUUACACAUUGGACAGAGGACAGAGGACACAGGUGUAGGGAUUACACAUUGGACAGAGGACAGAGGACAGAGGACACAGGUGUAGGGAUUACACACUGGACAGAGGACAGAGGACAGAGGACAGACACAUGUGUAGGGAUUACACACUGAAACAGGGACACAGGUGCUCACCUCACAAUAAAAUAAUCGUAUGGUGAUUACAAAUACGACAGGGUGUGGUUAACUUCCAUGUAAAUGGACAAUAAAGUAAUUGUAUUGCGCCGAGUAGUGAUGGAAACAGAACAGGGACACAGUGUAGUGCAGAUAACGGCACGUUGUGUUGUGAACAACACCUGCCACUAUCCAAUGACUUCCCACAGGUGGCUGAUCCGCUAUUAGUCUCAUACUCGGUCCCGCCAGGGGAGAGUUUUUUCCAUUCAGCAUCACUCCCAGGGGGAUAUAGUGUUCUUCAUAACAAAGAUACAGCGGGUCUGAAACUGACUCCCUUGAUAAAGACGAGUAUCAAAUAAAUUAUUUAAAUUCUGAGCUAUAUUGUAUGCUCAAAACAUUACAUUGUUUUAGUUGCUCGGAUAAAUAUAUUUGGUUUAGGGGAGAGUGGGGUAAGUUAAGCCACCCUUGUCUCUAGGAAACCAAAAUAUCUAGGAAGAGGUCAUCAUUUCAUGGAGUCUGUGAAUGUGAAGAAACCACAUGGAAAAAAGUGGUAAGAAAAUUCAAAUGAAUGUAUUGCGUUAGAGGUUUCAUGGUGCUUGUAUCUAAACCAAAAUAGAUACUUUUAAGAUUGUUCUAUACAUCAGUGUCACGAUCGUUGCAGGAAGCGGACCAAGGCGCAGCGUGACAGGCGUACAUACUUUUAUUGCAGUACACACGAACCAAAACAAACGAUACGUGAAGUCCUAGGUUAAACACCAAAACAAACCUUAACGGAACAAGAUCCCACAAAUAACUAGUGCCAACAGGCUGCCUAAGUAUGGUUCCCCAAUCAGAGACAACGAGAAUCAGCUGCCUCUGAUUGGGAACCACCCUGGCCAAACAUAGAAAACACGAACUAGAACAAAAACAUAGAAACUACAACAUAGACACUACACACCCUGGCUCAACUUUUAAGAUUCCCCAGAGCCGGGGCGUGACAAUCAGUUGGGGGUCUCUGUAAGCUUCAAUAUGAGGUCCUAAACCUAGUGUCGUGUAUGAAGAUUAUGACUAUUCUAGAAGAACAAAGAAAAUAUGUUUAUCUUAGUUCAAAAGUAGCCAGUUGUAGGGUGACGCCCCAGGGGGGAUAGGUGAUUGGACAGCAGAGGGAGCAACACAUAUUUUUACAUUGUUUAUAAGUAUAUGCUGGAGGAAGGAGAGGUUAGAGCAGCCAUUACAAUUCGAGGACACUGCUCUCCGGGUGUCAUGGCACCUGUAACUCAUGCUGAAAGCUUGUGAUAUGAAUAAACUUAUGAUCAAAGGUUCAGUAUGAGCGUACUCCUUUGUUUGACAGCAAUGAGCACCAGCAUUCGACGCGAUACGACACUAGCAUGAAAGUGCAUCCUUGUAGCUGUGUGGGAGGAUAUGGUCAAAACGUUGAGCUAAUUGAAGUGUUUCUUCCCAGGCGUUAUAUCUCUGGGAUAUGAGGUAACAACCAGACCUAGCCUAUGUUAAGUGUUUACAAAUGUACAAAGUGUUUGUUAGUUGUUAAGCUUGUGUUAAAAAUACGCUUAUAAUGAUUAAAAGACAAAGAAGUGAUUGUGUUGAAUUGUGUUUGGAAAAUAAAGAUGGGAUAUGGUUUUUAAAAAGGUAGUGGUAAUAUUUAAUUCAGUACAGAAAUGUGUAGGCGGCUUAACCUCCCCUGUCCCGCGGCUCAGCUUACCCCAUACCCGGUGUAAGUUGUGCCAAGAGACCAUUUUUUUUGGGACAAGAUAUGUUUUCAAAACUGAUGUUAAGAUGAAUUCUGAUUUCCAGGGACACACAACAGCCUGAAAUAUACAGUGCCUUCAGAAAGUAUUCACACCCCUUGAGUUUUUCCACAUUUUGUUGUUACAUCCUGAAUCUAACGUGGAUUAAAUGUAGAUUUAUUUAGUCACUGGCCUACAAAUAAUACCCCAUAACGUCAAAGUGGAAUUAUGUUUUUCUAAAUGUUUACAAAAAAAGCUGAAAUGUUUUGAGUCGAUAAGUAUGUUAUGGCAAGCCUAAAUAAGUUCAGAAGUAAAAAUGUGCUCAACAAGUCAAAGAAGUCGCAUGGACUCUGUGUGCAAUAAUAGUGUUUAACAUGAUUUUUGAAUGACUACCUCAUCUCUGUACCCCACGCAUACAAUUAUCUGUAAGGUCCCUCAGUCGAGCAGUGAAUUUCAAACAUAGAUUCAACCACAAAGACCAGGGAGGUUUUCCAAUGCCUCGCUCCUAUUGGUAGAUGGGUAAAAAAAAGAAGCAUUAUUCCUCCUCCACCAAACUUUACAGUUGGCACUACGCAUUGGGGCAGGUAGCGUUUCUCCUGGCAGCCGCCAAACCCAGAUUUGUCCGUCGGACUGGUGAUCUUAGGCUUGUGUGCAGCUGUUUGGCCAUGGAAACACAUUUCAUGAAGCUCCCGACGAACAGUUCUUGUGCUGACGUUGCUUGAUGCCAUUCCACCUAUUCCGCUCCAGCCAUUACCACGAGCCCGUUCUCCCCAAUUAAGGUGCCACCAACCUCCUCUGGAGGAGAAUCGCAGUUGCAUUUCCUUGAUUUCUCGCUUCCUCUCUCCUCGCCUCCUUCUCAAAACCCAUUGGAUGAGAAGGUCAGUAGGGGAGGAACCUCUGACUUUCUCAUCCAAUGGGUUUUGAAGAGGAGGCAAGGAUUUUACCAAUGGUCUUCUCUCGAUUCCUUGUGUCCUUUACUUGAAUCCUCUCCUUGCUUCCUACUGAAGUUUUGAGAGAGUGGCGGGGUGUCACGAUCGUCGAUAGAUGAAGCGGACCAAGGUGAUAACCGUACAUCUUUUAUUGAAGUACACACACACGAACAAAACAACAAACCAAACGAUACGUGAAGUCCUAGGUUAACACCAAAACAAACCUUAUGGAACAAGAUCCCACAUUAAACUAGUGCAAAACAGGCUACCUAAGUAUGGUCCCCAAUCAGAGACAACGAGCUACAGCUGCCUCUGAUUGGGAACCACCCUGGCCAACAUAGAUCUAAACGAUUUAGAACGAAAACAUGGAACAACUAAACAUAGGAAAAUCCACACCCUGGCUCAACAUUUAAGAGUCCCCAGAGCCAGGGCGUGACACGGGGAGAGCACGGGAGGAAAGAAUAUAGUGACAUCCCUUAAGAGUAUGUGAUUAUUCCAGAACAUACCGUGCCUGGUAGCCUCAUGAAACCAGUCUGGGCACUUUGUUCCCGUUUCGUUUCACUUCACUUGUGAUAUGUGAAGUGAAACAUGAAUGUGAGCUGGCGAGAGAUCUGUCUGGUUAAAUGAGGCGCUAGGUGCAGGCAGACGGCCCUGAUUCGAGGUAUACACAGUGUUCCCAGAUAGGGAGGAAGCUUUACCAAAGAUGGUUAAAUGAAGAGUUCUUACGCCAUUUACGCAUUGAAAAAAAAAAACGGUCAGAGUUUGGAUCUGCUUAGUUCAUUGACUGUAUACAGUAUGAACGAGAGAAAAGGAGAGUGAGAUGUCUUGCUUUCUCUAAGGCACACUUUGGCCCACUUCCUACUGAGGUUUUGAGCGUGAUGGAGGCAGGGAGAGGACAGGACCAAAGACCAUGAAGACAGAGAGAGAGAGAGAGAGAGAGAGAGAGGCAUGGCUGAGAAUGUUAGUAUGUGGAAGUAACCCUAAACCUUAUUCUGUUCGAUAAGCUGAAGGUAGAGGCAGUACAUACUGAACUCUCCAUAUUUCUCUGCCAGUCGUAAGCCACACGUCUCCAUGGAGACUAAUAAGAAACACAGACUGAUGUCAUUGUGGAAGACUAAAAUGACUUUAUUUAAAAGACAGAUUCAGUGGUCACGUCAAAAGGCAUGUUUUUACAUUUAGUAAAUCAAAUAAUAUUAUUUCACUCUUUCCCAUAUAUCCUUUACAGACACUCAUUUUAAAUUAUAGAAAUGUACUUGAGAAAAGCGUUACCUAGUCAUUUAAUACUGACUAAUGUAAAACCAGACAGUAAAUACAUAAACAUGGAUUAACAAUAGUGAUUAUUUGAUGUAAAACUACAAAACAUAUAAUACUUCUAAAUAAAAUGCGUCAAAACCACAUCUGGUCCAAAAGUGCAAACGCUUCACUUCGACAACUCAACUGGCACAGCCACUUCAUAUUGAGCGGAGGUAUUUGUGUCCAAACCACACUAUGGACACAUUAGUAAAAUAAUAUUAAUAAUAAUAAUAUUAAUAACAGUCUGCACCUAAAGUAGAUUGAGGCAGUUUCAUGCUCGUCGUCGUGUGAACCCAGCUUCAUACAACCCAAUUACAGAGCUGCAGUGAUUAUGUCUAUGGCAUACCACUGAUCACCGUGUCUAUGGCAUACCACUGAUCACCUGUCUGUGGGCAUACCACUGAUCCGUGUCUAUGCUACCACUGAUCAUCACCAAGUGUCUCUGGCAUACCACUGAUCACCGUGUCUUAUGCAUACCACUGAGCACCGUGUCUGAGGCAUACCACUGAUCACCGUGUCUAUGGCAUACCACUGAUCACCGGUGUCCUUUGCAUACCACUGAUCACCGUGUCUAUGGCAUAUACCGACUGAUCCCGUGUCUUGGCAAUCCCACUCGAUCACCGUGUCUAUGGCAUACCACUGAUCACAGUGUCCUAUGGCAUCCACUGAUCACCGUGUCUGUGGCAUACCACUGAUCACCGUGUCUGUGGCUACCUCGAUCACGUUGUCUUUGCACUACCACUGUCACCGGUGUCUAGCAUACCACUGAUCACCGUGUCUAUGGCAUACCACUGAUCACCGUGUCUAUGGCAUACCACUGAUCACCGUGUCUAUGGCAUACCACUGAUCACCGUGUCUAUGGCAUACCACUGAUCACUGUGUCUGUGGCAAUACCACUGAUCACAUCAAAUAGUCAACAUUUAAAUAGGGUGGCUGUAUUUUCAAGGCCAGGGAGACCAGCUGAUCACAUCAAUUACAAUUAACAUUUUAGAUGAGAGCUUUUUAUAGCCUGGUUACCAGUCUGUUUGAGCGACUUUUUUUUUUGUGCGACUCCUUGUCCUGCCAAACAGAUGACAUGAUAGCACAGAUCUGGGCUAAGCUUUUCACGUCAUCUUAGUAAAUAAGCUAUAUAAGCCUUUAACUUGGCUUAUUAUUUAUUAUAAGUUCAGUCAUGAUUUAAGUUUGACUGACUGUUGCCAUACAGUCCCAUACACAACAGAAGAUGUAACAAAAAGCUCUGAAACCAUUCCAACUACUGCUUCAGUGUGUCUGUUCUGUAUGUAAAGUCUUUUAGAAUUCAGGAAUGCCAAGUGGUCAUAUGUUGAAAGUCCUUAGUGUUCUAGAAGCAGUGUGUUCUAGAGUCGGAGCUGUUCCGUGUCCUCUUUAAGCGUUUGCGACUCCUGAGCGAUGGGGCCUCCCUCGCGGGUCUGGCCCAGGGACGACGCGAUGACGUCCACCGCCAUGGAAGCUGUGAUCUCCACCGCCUCACGGCUCGCCCCCAGGGAUGGGUUGACCUCAACAAGGUCCAUCACUGA